UACAGGUGGGAGAGUGACUCGUGCGCACGGAACAGGAACAUCAUGGACGCACGGAACAGGAACAUCAUGAUGCUCGGCCUGGUGCCGAUCCAUUGACAACAAAGUCUUGAAUCCCCGCGUGACACCGAUUUGCGGAGUGAAAAAAUAAAAUUACCUCCUUCAUCCUGCAUCCCCCGCUAGGCCCUUGUUGAUGGCCUGGUGAUACUGCAUGUGAUGGCGCUCCAUCACCGCGCUGGAGCGAGGGAAGUGGGUCCCUGGUAGGAUUCUGUGCUUGGUGUGGUCAGGCGCGGAUGGCCGCCGACUUCUUCGGAGAUCUAGAGCCGAGCUUGCAAGCACUGCUGGCGCAAGCGGGAAGCGGCGGUGGUGAGGCGGAAUCAGUCGUUGGCUAUUCUUCGCUGCCCCAGGAUGCUGCGGCCGCGGCGGCGACGGUUGACGUCGGCGAAAGCACCAGUACUGGAUCAUGCAACUCGGUGGUAGGGGCCAACUGCACUGCGGCCGCUGGCGAGGGAUUGCAGGCUGACGCAUCCGUCGCCGAGGCCAGCGAUGUGUGCGAGCGCACCAUCGUCUCAGGCUGGAAGAAGAGGUGGUGUAUGGGGGGAAACUACAACCCUGCUGUAAUAUGUGCAUCCAAUUUUUAGAUUCAGGACCCGUUUUAGAAACAAACAUACUCGAAAGAAAAGGCGUUUGUUAUAUUUUGGAGCAGUGCAAUUUUUUGCCAUCUGAUUUCCAACAGUAAAAUGGUUGAUGCAUGGCUGGCAGGCACCCCCCGAAAGACCACUAAACUCCACCCACGGCACAGCGCUUGAGCGGACCCUGCGGGAUUUCCCAGCCAGGUCGAAUGGUGAGGUCGUAAUUGUGCCAGAGGUUGGAGUUACGUUUGAUUCAAUUGGCGAGGCUUACGACUUCUACAAUUUGUAUUCAUGGGAACGGGGGUUUGGAGUCAGAUAUGGCAAAAGCCGUCUCAAUGUUGAUCAAGUGAAGUGCAUGCAAGAAAUAGUUUGCGGGUGUUCGGUUAGUACUUUUUCUUCAGCCACGACGCCGGUGAAGCGGUACGAGGCAUUGGGUAGGGAAGGCACCACCCGAGAGGGCAUUGAAUUCUUCACGCAUCAGUGCUUUGGAACAAACAUUACGUGACUACCCAAAUAGAGACUAUGGUGAAGUAAUUGUGCCGGCUGUUGGGGUUACGUUUGAUUCCGCUGGGGAAGCAUAUGAAUUUUACAAUAUUUAUUUCUGGGAACUAGGCUUUGGUGUUACUAUGGAAAAAAUAGGCUAAACUUAGACAGGGUAAAGUGCACGCAAAAAUUGUUUGUGGAUGUUUAGUGAGUUUUCUGAAAAAAAAUCUCUAUAAUUUCGUUAAUGAACUGUCAAUGUUUAGCAGAAAGGUUUCAACUCUGACGUGGUUGAACUUGAACAAAUGAAUCUUGCAGGGGAAACCCAGGGUAAUGAA